UCAGCUUCCUGAGUUGGAACCUGUCAUUUGAGGCUGACAGUCAUGAUGUCCGGCCAUUUGGGCAUAUUAAUUUUGGCCCUCAGUGUGGUCGCACAGGAUCUUCCCUCAGGCCCUCCUGGCUGCACAGAUGGAAGCUGUUACCCAGCAACAGGCAACCUCCUCGUUGGCCGAGCCGCCAACCUGACAGCCACCUCCACCUGUGGCUUGCAGCAUCCAGAGAACUACUGCAUUGUCAGUCACCUGAUGGAUGAGGACAAGUGUUUUACGUGUGACUCGCAAAGGCCCUAUCACCCCGCCUGGAACAAAAACAGUCAUCAAGUUGAAAACGUCAUAUACCUGAAGGAUGUCAGGGGGGAACUCACCUGGUGGCAGUCAGUAAAUGGAGAGGAGAGUGUCAGCAUCAGGCUGAAUCUGGAGGCCGAGUUCCACUUCACACAUCUCAUCAUGAAGUUUAAGACCUUCCGCCCCGCUGUCAUGAUCAUCGAGCGCUCCUCAAACUUUGGGCGCUCCUGGAAGACCUACCGCUACUUUGCCUACAACUGCACCAUAGUGUUUCCUAACAUUCCGUUCCAUGCCCCGCACCGUGUCAGCGAUGUCAUCUGCGAAGAGCGCUACUCUCAAAUCGAGCCAUCGUCGCUGGGAGAGGUGAUCUACAGAGUGCUGGAUCCUUCCAUCGAUGUAAAAGACCCUUACAGUCAGGAGAUUCAAGAUCUGCUCCGAAUCACCAAUCUACGGAUUAACUUCACCAAGUUGCACACCCUGGGGGACAACAUGCUGGACCGUGGACCAGACGUCCUGCAGAAGUACUACUAUGCCAUGUACGAGCUGGUGGUGCGCGGCAGUUGCUUCUGUUACGGUCACGCAUCUGAGUGUGUGCCCGUGCCCGGAGUUGCUCCCGGGGAGCCUGGCAUGAUCCAUGGGCGAUGUGUCUGCAAACACAACACAGAGGGCUUGAACUGUGAGCGCUGCAGGUACUUCCAUCAUGACCUGCCCUGGAGACCUGCUGAGUUAUACAAUCCCCACCGCUGCCGAGCGUGCAACUGCAACAGCCACUCCACCAAGUGCCACUUCGACAUGGCCGUGUACCUGGCCAGUGGGAAAGUGAGCGGCGGCGUGUGUGACAACUGUCUCCACAACACUAUGGGCCGAAACUGCGAGAUGUGCAAGCCGUUCUACUACCAGGACCCCGUCAGGGACAUCCGAGACCCGGCCGUGUGCGUCCCCUGUGGCUGUGACCCUGUGGGCUCCCUGGACGGCGGCGUGUGUGACAGCUACACCGACCCGGACGGGGGCAUGAUUGCGGGGCAGUGCCAGUGCAAGCAGAAUGUGAAGGGUGCCCGCUGUGACCGCUGCAAGGAGGGUUUCUUUGGACUGAGUCAGAAUGACCCCCAGGGCUGCCAGCCCUGCAACUGUGACCCUCGAGGCAUUGUCAUGUUGGGUUCCCCCUGUGACCAGAUCAGCGGGGACUGCUCCUGCAAGCGAUACGUCACGGGCCGCUACUGCAACCAGUGUGUGCCAGAGCACUGGGGGCUCGGUAACGACAUCUUCGGCUGCCGGCCGUGCCGCUGCGACUUCGGAGGAGCCUACGACAACAGGUGCAGCACGGAUGAUGGGCAAUGUCAGUGUCGUCCCCACCUGCUGGGACGCCAGUGUGCGGAUGUGGAGCCCGGCUACUUCUGCGCCCCGCUGGACUUUUACGUAUACGAGGCAGAGGACGCAGCGAGCCACUCGCCGGACAGCAUUGCGCUCCCCGGGCGCCCAAGACCAAAGGCUGAGAUUGACUGCGUUGAGCACUUCAACAACCAGCUUCGACGGCACCGCCGCCAUCGGCACGUCGCUGCAGCUCAGCAGCAGAGGGCAGCACUGAGGCGCAUCCGCCAGCUGCAGCAAACACCAGAUGUGAAGAUUGUCCACAGGGAGAGGAUUGCUGGCCGCAUGGUCACCUGGACUGGCCCUGGAUUCGCCAGAGUCAAGGAUGGUGCUGGCCUGGUAUUCAAAAUUGACAACAUCCCUUUUGCAAUGGAGUACGACAUCAUGAUCCGAUACGAGCCAGAGUCCACAGAGGACUGGGAGGCAGUUGUCAGAAUCACAUCCUUGCUGCUUCCCAGCAGCCCGCGCUGCGGGAAUGUGCUUCCCACCGAGCAGAUGUACACCGUAAUCCUCCCGCACCAGAGACGGUAUGUGGAGAUGCCCAGGCCGUUCUGCUUCGAACCCAAGAACCACUACGUCGUAUCCAUCCGCUUCCAGCGGCACCGAGCGUCUCACAGAUACCUAACUGCUUACAUUCUCGUAGAUUCACUGGUUCUCAUCCCCAAGUACACGGAGCUGCCCGGUUUCCAGGGCAACCACCCUGCCGCAAAGCACCGGCGCGAGGAGAUGGUGCACUACAUGUGUUUGGAGUCCUUCAGGGCGACGCCCGUGCCGUCCUUGGCCGAGAUGUGCACCAAGCUCAUUUGCAGCAUCUCAUCCAUCCUGCAUAACGGCGCCCUGAACUGUGAUUGUGACCCCCAGGGGUCGCUCGGUGCAGAGUGUCAGCGGAUUGGCGGUCAGUGUCCUUGUAAGCCCAACGUGAUGGGCCGACGCUGCGACCAGUGUGCGCCGGGAAGUUUCGGCUUUGGACCGCACGGCUGCAGCGCAUGUGACUGCCAUUCCCAGGGCUCUCUGAGUCUCCAGUGUGACCCCGUGACGGGUCAGUGUCCCUGCACCGCUGGGGCCAUGGGACGCCAGUGCGCCGACUGCGAACGCGGUCAGUGGGGAUUCCCAUCCUGCAGGCCGUGUCAGUGUAACGGACACGCAGAGACCUGUGACAGCCGGACAGGUGCCUGCCUCGGCUGCAGGGACCACACAGCAGGGCAUCUUUGCGACAGGUGCGAGGAUGGUUUUUUUGGGAACCCCGUGCUGGGUUCCGGCGAGCGCUGCCGUCCGUGCCCCUGCCCGGACAUCCCAGGGAGCGGUCAUUUUAACGGGGAAUCGUGCCAUGUCGACCACGCCUCCAGCCAGGUCAUGUGUCGGUGCAAACAGGGCUACGCAGGCCCUCGCUGUGACAGAUGUGCCGCGGGCUACUUUGGGGAUCUAGAAAGCUGGGGCGGAGAAUGCCGUCCCUGCCAGUGCAACGGCAACGCUGACGUCCAGGACCCCGAGUCGUGCGACCCGCGGACAGGCCGGUGCCUGAAGUGCCUUUACAACACGGACGGCCCGUCCUGCUCGGCGUGCAAGGAGGGUUACUACGGCAAUGCGCUGCUGCGUGACUGCCGCCGCUGCACGUGUGCGACAGCAGGCACCCGGCCGUCUCACUGCGAUGGGCGCGGCUGCCGCUGUGACAGGAUCACGGGGGCUUGCCUGUGCCGGGACAAUGUGGUGGGUCACAACUGCGACCAGUGUGCGUCCAACUACUGGAACUUCGGGACUGACGGAGGCUGCAAAGCGUGCGACUGCCAUCCGCAGCACUCUCGUAGGCCACGCUGCAACAUGUUUACUGGGCAGUGUCACUGCCGGCCUGGCUUCGGGGGACGGAACUGCUCGGAAUGUCAGCAGCUCCACUGGGGAGACCCUCAGGUCCGGUGCUACGAGUGUGGCUGUGACCCUCUGGGCUCUGAGACGCAGCAGUGCGAGCGGCUCACGGGGCAGUGUCUGUGCGUGGAGGGCGCCACAGGGCGCCGCUGUGACCAGUGUGCGCGCGGCUUCACGGGAGGCUUCCCCAAGUGCGUGCGCUGCCACCCCUGCUUCGACACGUGGGACGGUGCGGUGCGGCAGUUGCAGCAAGAUCUGGAACGCAUCGGUCGGAAGGUCCAAGACAUCCUGAAGACCGGCGUAGUCCCGGGCAUCACGGACGUCCGCAUUCUGGACCUGGAGAGGAAGUUGGGUGCAGUUCGGGAGCUGUUGAGAAGUGGGGACAGAGAGGGAUUAUUCAAUCUAAUCAGCCAGGCCCUGGAUGAACUGAGGGCGGAGAUCACUUUGAUCAACGGGCGGCUCAUGGUUCCUGCCGAAGAGCUCAACGGCACCAUGGUGAUGGAUGAGCAGCUACGCCGAAAUCUGACUCGGCUCGAAGAGGAGCUCCGGGACGUGAACGCUACGCUGGCCAAAAAGCGCCAUCAGCUGGAGAACCGCUUCAGUGCAGGGUUUGCAGACCAGUUUGACAAAGUGCGCAAGUACUACCAGGAGUUCCAGGGUGCCGAGCAGCAGUGCAAUGCCUCGGUGUAUGGCCCGGACAGCCCCGUGGAGCAUUCCCGGGUCACUCGCCGCAGGGUGGAGGACCUACUCGCUGAGCGACAGGAUAAAUUCCAGCGCACCGUGGCGGCACAGAAGAAAUCCUUGGCAGAGCUAGAGGAGAAAACCCAAAACAUGGACCAGAAAGUGCAGAAUUUGAGCAAUAAGGUGUGUGGUGGCUAUGGAAACCCCAAUGAUAACGGCAGUUGCCCAGACAGUCCCUGUGGAGGUGCCGGUUGUCACGACAACCAGGGACGGGGGCAAUGUGGAGGAGAGGGAUGCGGCGGGACCCUGAGCACAGCUCUCAAUGCACUGAAGCUGGCCAAGGACGUCACCAACAACAUCACCGCCGUUAGUGAUGAGCUACAGAUGGUUGCGAAGAAGCUCCAGGCGACUGAGAUUCUCACACAGGAUGUGAAGAUGCAGGCCAAAGGAACUCUAGAGAAAGCACAGAUGAAGAAGGAAUUCUUCGAAAAUUCGAAUAAGGAGCUCAAGGAUUUUAUCAAGAAGAUCAGAGACUUUUUAACAGAGGAGGGCGCGGACCCAGAGAGCAUUGAGAAGGUGGCCCAGCAGGUCUUGAACAUCUCCUUCCCCGUAAGCAGCAGCGAAAUGGCUAAGGUGGUGCAGGAAAUCAAGGACAGCAUUGCCAACCUGACCCACGUCGACGGCAUCUUCAAUGACACCGCAGUGCAGCUCCAGAGGGCCAAGGAGCUGCUCCGCAACGCGCAAGACGCCAAGACCCGUGCGAUGGCGGUGAAGGAUAUUAGUAACCAGACCAGGCUGGCCAUCAGCGACUCCGAGAAUGCCAUCGCUGCAGCUGAAAAGGCCCUGAAGAAAGCCCACGAGAGUCUGAACAGCACGCGUGCUGUCACUUCCGAGAUGGAAAACAAGCUCAGUGACAUGGAUAACAAACUGAUGGAGGCCAUGACCCAACUGGCCAACCUUUCAGAAGGGGUGGAGGCACUGCAGAACAAGACAGAACAGAACAGGGACAUGGCACUGGAGACCAAGGCUAUAGCUGACAAUGCCACCCAGGCUGCUGAUGGACUCAAGCAGGAGGUUGAAGAGGUCGACAAGAGAUACAAAGAGCUCCAAGACAAAAUAGGCGCAGUGAAUGGGGGUUCCGGAGGAAUGGACGGGGUGCAAAAGAGGAUAGAGGACAUAAAGAAGCAAGCAGAGGACCUCCUAAGUAAAGCAACCAAAGGCAUCGAAGAUCUGCAAAAUCUUGAAAAGAAAUUCAGAAUGAACGAGAAGAAGAUGCAAGGUCAGAUGGAUAAACUGUCAAGUCUAGAGGUGCAAGCCACUUCACUGCGGAACGACAUACGCGAGGCUGUCCAACGCUAUAGCAACUGCUAGCGAAGCAGGGAUUCCAGCCCCUCGGCUGCUUCAACACCCCCCGCGACAGAUGGCCAGUUCCCUUUCCGUUUGGUGUCAUUAACCUGAUGUUCACAGCAGAAUAUGCGGUACUUAUUUCACUUCUGGCUACCAUAAAAUAAUGAAACGAUAUAAAGAAGUACCUCAUAGCAUCUCUUGGGGCAUAUAUCUGUCCAUUUUUGGAAAUCAGAAGAAGCUUCAUUGCCAUUCCUACUUUAUAUACUUUUGAACCCUUUGAACAUGCGAAUUCAUAGAAUUCAUAGGUAGCGUGUGGAGGAAUUAAAAAAGGGUAAGUAUACAAUCUGCCCAGCCUGUGAGUGCGCAUUAUGGGCAUUUUUAUCGUUUCAGCACCAUUUGUGUAAAAGAAAGCAAACGCAAACCAUGUGGGAACACACUGCAUCUGUAUCUUCUCGCACUCAAUUCAAAUCUCAUGUCUGAUUCAAAAAAGAAAAAUACAUCUUGACUCAGGAGAAGCCAAAUCACUCCUUUUGAGUGAACAAAAUACUGUCCUCAACUGACUAAGCAAUUAUCAAGAGCAAAUACAGAUUUGGUAUUACUGAAAUGUUGUUUAAUAUUGUACUGUAUUUUUUAUUGUAUUAUUUACUGUGUGUUCUGGUGUCAGUUGUGAUGUUGCGCUCCUCGAGUCGGGCGAAGUGUUAAUGUUGUUUCACCACAAGGGGGAGCCAGUAGGUGUUUUCUUGGCCGAGUUCGGACCACUGCGGCUCAGAACAGUACAGAACAUGACAGCAAUACGUG